GGUGCUGGAUCAGCACUUCCGGGACUGCGGGAACCUUUACAGCACCGAACGAAGACAGCAAGAAAAAAGGAGAAAAAAGGUCCAAGAUAAAAUAAAAAGCUACCAAACGUCUCAACUCUCCCGUAAGGGGCACUUACGUGAGACCACGUAGCAAAAAGAACAGAAUCGGUCAAACGCAUCUGUCGUCCUUGUGAAAGUCCCUCCCCCCUUCCUGAGAGUCUCCUCUGCCCCACCCUCAUGUGGAGGUCUGCGGUCGGCAUCGUCCCGGCGUGGUUGAAGUGACGGGCGCGGCAGCGGUGGUGGCGGCGGCGGCCCUCGUCCCAUGAUCCUUUGAGCCCGCCUGAGCAGCUGGCGCGGGCACCGUCGUGGUUUCUCUGGGUCCCUUAGUGGCCGGCGCUUGGAGUCAUGGAUCACCCCCGGGAGAAGGAGGGCGAGCGGCCGGUGAGGAGCAGCAAGGUGGCCCAGGGGCGCAGCGGCCACUCGCGGCCGUCCAGCUCCUCCGCCUCCUCCGGCGUCCUCAUGGUGGGGCCCAACUUCCGCGUGGGGAAGAAGAUCGGCUGCGGGAACUUCGGAGAGCUGAAGCUCGGGAAAAAUCUCUACACCAAUGAAUACGUAGCCAUCAAAUUGGAACCAAUCAAGUCAAGGGCACCACAGCUACAUUUGGAGUACCGAUUCUACAAAACACUGGGAAGUACAGCGGAGGGUCUGCCCCAGGUGUUUUACUUCGGGCCCUGUGGAAAGUACAAUGCCAUGGUGCUGGAGCUGCUGGGCCCCAGCCUGGAGGACCUCUUUGACCUGUGUGACCGCACCUUUUCCCUCAAAACCGUCUUAAUGAUCGCCAUUCAGCUGAUCUCCCGGAUGGAGUACGUCCACUCCAAGAACCUCAUCUACAGGGAUGUGAAGCCAGAGAACUUCCUGAUUGGGCGGCAGGGCAACAAGAAGGAGCACGUCAUUCACAUCAUAGACUUUGGCUUGGCCAAGGAGUACAUCGACCCUGAAACCAAAAAACACAUCCCUUACCGGGAGCAUAAGAGUCUGACCGGAACGGCCCGCUACAUGUCCAUCAACACACACCUGGGGAAAGAGCAAAGCCGGCGGGAUGACCUGGAGGCCUUAGGUCACAUGUUUAUGUACUUUCUCCGGGGCAGCCUCCCUUGGCAGGGGUUGAAGGCAGACACCCUGAAAGAGAGAUAUCAGAAGAUCGGGGACACGAAACGCAACACUCCAAUCGAGGUUCUCUGUGAGAGCUUCCCAGAGGAGAUGGCCACCUACCUGCGCUACGUCAGACGGCUGGAUUUCUUUGAGAAGCCGGACUACGAGUACCUGAGGACCCUGUUCACCGAGCUCUUUGAGCGCAAAGGAUACACCUUCGAUUACACCUACGACUGGGUCGGCAGGCAGAUUCCCACGCCGGUGGGGUCCGUUCACGUGGAUUCAGGCGCAUCGGCAAUCACGAGAGAGAGCCACGCCCACAGAGACCGGCCAUCCCAGCACCAGCCAUUACGCAAUCAGACAGCCGCUUCAGACCGCCGAGGAGCAUGGGAAGUGCAGCCCAAUCGGCAGACAAAUUCCUCCUACCUGAGUUCCCACCUGGCAGCGGACAGGCACGGGGGAUCAGUGCAGGUGGUCAGUUCAACCAAUGGGGAGCUGAAUGCGGAUGACCAACUGGCAGUCCACUCCAAUGCACCAAUCACUGCACAGGCAGAGGUGGAAGUGGUGGAUGAGGCCAACUGCGUGAAAAUGCUCAACCUGUGGUGCUGCUGCUUUUUCAAGCGAAAACGGAAGAAGAACACCCCGAGGCACAAGUGAUCCCCCUCCUGCUCCAUCCCGUCUCGUUUGGUUGGGUGUUUUUAAAAAGAGAAAUCUACAAAGGAAAAUGGAAAAAAAGAAUACAAAAAGAAGAAAAUGAAAAAAGAAAUAAACGAAGAGUGCCUGAAAGAUGUUGAGCUGAAUUGGCGCGAGGGGACUUGCUGAUGAGAGGCAUGCACGUUUAGUCUCUAUGGGAGUUGCCCCCAACCCCCCUGUCCACACACACACACGCGCGCGCACACACGCACACACACGCCAUUUUUUCUCCCUUCAGUGCGUUGGAGCAGGUUAAGGGCUUAAUGGGCAUGACCCUCCAGCAGGGAUGUAGAGGAGACCAGAGGCCCCCUGGGGCGACAGUGCACCUGAUGACCUGCUUUUCCGUUACCACUCCCCACCCACCCCUGCUCUCCGCGGGGUGCGGCCUUUUUUAUUUAUUUAUUUUUUGUUGCUCCAGUGGGAGUGGAUGUGGAAGUGAAGAGCCAGGCCCUUCUUCACACCCCCCAUGUGCACAGCAGUAGGGUCAGGGGCUGUUGUAAUGUUCAGACCAUGCUGGGCACGGAGCUCACAGGAGUGCUAUACAUUCCCAUAUUUGUUGGUUUUUCUCCACCUAUGUCCUGUUUAUUGAUUGUACUGGACCGUGCUCUUGAGCAGUGGUCAGACGGUGAUGGAGCAGUGGUGGUCAAUCGGUAGUCUAACAGUGGCCCUUGCUUUCAGGUGUAACGUACUCUCAAACGGUCUCUCUGAAUAUCAGGCAUUAAAUACAGCAUCUUAUGCGAUAUUGCCACCCGGUGUGUUGCGGGUGUGUUUGUAAGAUUUCAGUCCGUAUAUAAAAUGUUGGUGAAGGCAGCGGAGGACUUUCCUCUGGGCUGGGAGAGUUCUUUAGUGGUGUGCUGAUCCUGUGAAAUAUUUGGAAUUGUUGGUUGUGGCUGCUCUGUCAUGCCUCUAUCUCCACUCUGCUUCAGUGUGCACUCUGUCUGCAGUAGACAGCGGCUUCUCUCUAAACGCAAAAAUGUCAUCACCCAGAAUGUAAGAAUAGGAGCUUACCCUUGUUCUCCCAUUUGAUUGUGCAGUGGUCACUCCCGCCAGUGUUUUUGUGGGUGAGGGGAAAGCUCGGGGGCGGUGUGGUCACGCACAGCAUCACCAGUGGACAGCCUGGGGCCACUCUUGCUAGCUGAGAGCCAAAAGAAAACUGCAGUAUGGUAGUACGUCAGGCCACCAUAUUCUGACGAACACCGUUUAAAGCUGCUUGUUUGAAAGCAUUCUCAAUAUUCCACCACUACACUAUUUCAAAUCAUUCCAACUGCUUGCUGCUUCUAAGCCUUUUUUUGUGGUAAAAUGGGCGUGUCUUAUUUGAGCCUUCAUGACUGUCACUCUUAUUGCUCAAGUGUAAAACAUUUCCUGACAAUCUCAUUUCAGAGGAAAUACCAGUACCUAAUGAAUGCCUGCUCCAGCUGAAAUAAAUGCAUUUGUGCACUCUUCAGCAUUCCUUGGAAACUGAAGAUUGUGGUUUGUCAGUGCUAUAGUCAGGAUAGGUGGGAUUGUAACCAUGUGGGCAUGAGCGGAGAUGCUUCUCCUAGUGACUACUUGUGCUGUUCUCCGGUGUUUUCGCUCGCUGUAAAAUUUGGGUGGACUUAACUGAGAGAGAGUUAUUUCCUUAUCUGAAUGGUCAUAUUUAGAUGGUUGUAUAUUAAGAUCUUUCCUCAAACUGAUGCUUUAUGCUUUCCAGGUGAAAAUGAAAAGAAAUUAAGAAAAAGUGGAAUUAUUUACUCCUCAAAAUCACUUUGGAAAUAGCCUGCAAUGUAGAAUGUUGAUAGAAUGUAGAAGCAGACCUUGAGAGGAUUCACUUUGUGCAGCUGGCCUUUUAAAGUCUCUUUAACUGGGGAUGGGGGGAAUGAUUUCAUUUCCUUUCUGCGAUUCCAGUACUGCCUUCUCACUCCAGUAAUGAAGUAUUCUGAUUUGAAGCACGGCGAGCUUUUAGGUUAUCUGUCUCACGUACUGCCCUACAUAGCAUUGUAAAUGUCCUGGCCUGGGCGCUGAUUGUUAGAUUUUGUUGCGUACAGUUCUACUGUCUUGUUCCAUCAAACACUGCGUGCCCCAGAGAACUGUGCUGCAAUCCAGAGACAGUGACCAAACUCCAGGCCUGGAUCUGAGGAUACUGGAGAGCGGACAGACUCUGAUCAGGACCAUGAGUGCACUCUUAAUACACUGGCACCGGCUGCCCCUGCAAUCUCUACUGUUCAAUGCCUUAACCAGUUCACCACUCAGCAGAGCCGGCCAGGGCAGCUGUCUGGGCCCUGUGGCGAGACGCCAUCUUGUUCCUUUGCGACUCUUUCUCUGUAGGAACCUGGAAAUGUUGCAUCCUGGUUCAGAGCAGCAACCCAGACUGUGGGAGAGGGUUUCCCCCAAAAUGAGAUGUCCACAUUUUCCACUCUUCACAAAAUGUCCAUUAAUGCCAACUAUACCAAAUUCAGUCUUCUGUCAGAACUCAAGGCACUGAGCGAUGAGAAAUGGACUCCUGGCUUCUGUUUAGUUUUUUUUUUUUUUUUUUCUUCCCCCCCGCAAUUCCCCUUUUUUUAUUUUCAAAUGAACUUUUGACAUGCAAUGUGUGCCCCCUUAAACAGAGCUGCCAUGCUGAAAAUGGGAAUGUCACAAAGCUGGGAUUGCUUGGUCUCCUUUGACAAGGAUGUCCGCAGGAUUCACCAAAAGUGACUGUGUUCACUCUGGCAAGGAGCGCGAGGGAAGAAAGCAGGCGGAGGUUCUCUGGGAAAAGUGUGUUUUCUUUUUUAAUAUUCCUGUUGUUUGUUCCUCUCAGAUGUAGCAGAGGAUUUGCUUUGAAUGAAUGCAAAAGUCGUAAUUGUAAGUAGUGACGAUGUUGCCUUGCUUUUUUCUGUUGACACCUGUUCGCAGCAUUAAUUCCAUAGGGUUUUCAUAAUUUUUUUUAUUUUUUAUUGUAUUUCAUUUCAUAAUAUAUACUAAAUGUGAACUGAAAAUGUAUGAUAUACUGUAAUCUUUUUAAUCCAAAUGGCCAUGCUUUUCUGGGGAAGAGUGAAACCACAGCUGGUGACUUUGACUGCACUACAUUUCCCUUGUUGUUUACCUGAGGUGAGAUCCCCAGUCCUGUACUGUACUGUUGAGCUUGUGACAAAUUACAUGAUUUCAUCUGUGUUGUAAUAGCAAAGUAAAAUAUAAACAGAAGCCUAAUGGACAAGGUUAUUUCCUAGUAUUUAUGAAAUAUUAUCAGUUUACCAAAAUUCUUCCUUUUUAUUACUCCCUUCAUAAUUCUCAAAUGUAUAUAAAUAUAUUUAUACACAGACCUACAUACAUACAUAGUGUAUGUGUGUGUGUGUUUGUGUGCGCCUGCGUGUGUGUGUUUGUGUGUGUGCGCGUGCGUGUGCAUGUGUGUGUUUGUAAUUAAAGCUGAAUCCAUGAAAUAAAACACUAGUCUAUGAAAUUCACCUCCUGGUGGGGUGCUGGAAUUGGUGUCUUAUAUAGACAUGCUUGUCUUAUUACAACACCAUUGGCUGCCACCAAGGGCUCAAGAUGACUUCAUACAAACAUCUUUGUACAACAGGACUGUAUAUUUCUGUGCUCAAGUCUGUAUACCCCCCCCCCCCCUUAAUUGCCCUCCCCCCUUAAUUUUGUGAUGUAUUUCUGUUGCUCUGCAGUCUAAAUUAAUGUCAAAUGUACUUGAAUAUGGGAAAAAAGAAAAACAUGGGAGUUGAUUUUUAUUUUUUAGGUCCUCUAAUCACUCAUAGCAAACAGAUCAUAUUUUAUGUAAAUGGUUAGCUUCUUGAGCAAGUGUGGUAUUUUACUGCUAAAAUAAUGCAUCAUGUGCCUCUUGACUAUAUUCUGGAUGCGUUGCGGAGUCUUUUCUGUGACGCUUUCCGCCCCAGAUGUCUACCUGGGAUCUGUUGAAAUGCCACUAAUUCUAGCUGCAGCCAUUUUGUAUUUAAACAAGAAAAAUGAAAUGGUGAAUGCUGAUCCAAGGUCUGUGCUUUUAAGUUUUAAGGGUGAUAUAUGGGCCUCCUUUGCUGGCUGCUGUCAGGUUUGGAUGUUUUGGCUGGUUGAUAUGAAUUCCCCUUUCACUGGGGGAUGCUCUGUCUGUUUUGUUCUCUGAGCAGCUUUCCAUUCUCCAGUCCCAGUCUCGCCUCUGAGAACAUCUGGGCUUUUCUGAGUAACUGUGCACUUGAGUUUUCUUUAUGCUGUUCAGUUUGUUUUCAGAACUGAGGUGUUCUCUCAGAUGUAUGGCAACAGGAAUUAGAUAGGCUAUUCCCCCUCUGACUUUAUUCUAGUGAUCUCUUGAUUUUUUUUGAUUUUUUUUAAGCUCUGCCAGAAUUCUAGUUUUCUGUAGGUGGCGCUAUGUCAUUGGUCAAAGGUUCUGAUCAGACUUUGCAGGGAGAACAGGGACACCUGCUGGACAGUCUCCCCAGCAGUAGAAUGUUAUUUAACCCACAUGGGGCACUGCACUGAAACGCUCGCACCGGUUUGUAUUGGCCUGGGAGAGUGAACUGACUACUACGAACCCUUUCUUUCUCUUCUGACUGCUCUCCCUGAUGCCAGCCCAUCGACUGCUGGGUCUUUUUACCAGUGAAUAUUGGAAAGAUAAAGCAGACAUUUUCAUAGUUGCUCUCCUUUAAGAUGGUGCCAUGUUGUCCACCCGUUAUAGCUUGCAUUGUGUGAAGUUGAAAAGUGUAAGAGGCUGCCUUGUGAAGUUAACAGAAUGGGCCAAAGAUGCUUUUCUAGUUAGGAGGGAGCAUCCAGUAAGGAAGUUGUAAGAUCAUUCUUGUUGGAAGCUGAUCACAUUUUCCUCUUCAGCCAAAAUGUAUCCUGUUCAGAGUGUGCGAGCUUUCCUUCUGGUUUUCACUGAGAUCGCUGUUCUAUUUUGGCUCUUCUUGACUGAUAUGUGCUCUUUCCUUUAAGUUGACAGGCCUGAUGUGAAGUCUCUUGGGAAAAUGAGAAAAUCACUUGCAUUCGUUUUUGACUUGCUUCCCUUACUUUUUGCGAAUAAUAAAAAUGGGCAUUUUCUGGUUUUCUUUUUUUUAUUUUUUUAUUUUUUUACUUUUAACAGAAGUACGUUUCAUUUAAUUCAAUCAUUUUUGUUUUUAUUAUGACAGCAUCGCAAAUAAAUGAAUAAACAAUAUUGUACCUUUAAACAAAAUUAGCAAAUACAUUUUUAAAAAGAUUGCACAAGUGCUCCAAGAAGGAAUUCCAUUUUCAUGGGCUGUCCUGUCUCCAUUGAUUGCAUCUGCAUGGCAAUAUGGACCCGGAAGUGGUUGGUUUCGUAAGCAAGGCUUUCUUGUAGUCAAUUGUGAGCAUGUGGCUGUCACACUGGUAUUACCUUUAGCCAUAAUUGUACUUUAAUUACUUUCUGAACACUUUUUAAAAUCUAAUCUGAAUUUUACACAAGCUCGCUUUCAGAUUAAAGUUUAUUUCCAGAGCACACGUUUCUCUUUCAACAUCAUUCCAAGACACUUUGCCUCUCGAUGAGUGUCAUUUGUUUAUAAAUGGCUGAUCUCGCCAGUUCAUCAUCUGUUUUUCCAUGCAUGUGUCAAAAUGGCGUGCAAAACCUCAACAAUUCAUCUGCAGAGAGAGAGAAAGCUGAUAGAGCAUAAUUUAUGUUGUCUUUGGUUCUUUGGCACUUUUUAAGUCGCUAUACUGUAGAUUUGUCUCAGUUUCAGAUGGGGAGAGGGUGGGUAACAAACAUGACUGCAAUAUAUAAUUAUUUCCAAUUGUAAAAUUGUACAAAGUUCACCAUUGUUUUUAUGUUAGUUGGAUUCUGUAAGACCAGCCUGAUUUUUUUUUUCUUCAAAACUGUGGAAAUCAGACAUGUACAGUGCAAGAGUCUAUUUUUCCUCUUGUCCAGGCAGUGGUUUCAAAGCAAUGGUUAAGAGUCGAGUCUUAAAAACUGUAUUAUGAAUAUUGUGUUGAAAUGAAUGUCACUUCAAAAAUGUAUUUGAAUGGUUUAUCCUGGUUAAGGGCUUCAAUCCUGAAGGACCCAUUUUGGUUUUCUGAUUUUGAUUUUUUUUAUUUUAUUAUUAUAAUUAUUAUUCUUUGUAUUAUUUUUUAAGUUACAGAAAGAUAAAGGUCCUGAUUCUCUUAAAUGCCUAUUUUCCUGAGGCUUCACGUGAAAAUGUGUCCACGUGACCUUUAAAAAUUUCACUUUUUACUCCCUCCACACUUAAAGGGAAACUCAAGUUUGCACCCUUUUUUAUGUAAAAUAAAAAAUCUCUCUUAACCUUU